GACCCGUGAAGAGAACGGCCUCGGAGUUUGUCGUCACUCGCUUGAGUCGCUUCCACCCUGCUCUGGUUUUCAGUGCCAUUUAUUUUUUUUAUUGUGUCAAACAUUCUCCCCAGUAUAGUAAAUUACAGUGACUUCGCGUUUUUUACGGUGAUUUCGGUGGGCUUUGAACAAUAAGCAUCGCGGUAAUGAGUCGAUGACCUCAGGACAGUUGCAUCUCGUCUACCUUGAAGGGAUGGGAGACAGCAGCACACCUUGCGGGGUCUUCAUGCGGCUAAAGCUGGGAAGGCGGUGCCGUUCACUGUGUGCUCGGAGCCCCGCUGGUCACCUGCCCCGAAGUGCAGCUGAACGUGGCUCACCUGUCAGGGAGAGAGAGAGAGAGAGAGAGAGGGAGAAACGAGAGAUUGAUCAGCAAGACCCUCUCCCUACGUUCGGCAAUCGUCGAGAAAGAUCAUCAAGGAAAAUGAUGGCGGUACUCUCCCAGAGUAAAGAAACACAAUAAGGAAAAGCUAUCAAACAACAUCUCAGGUUUACUCAAGGAAUCUACGGUAUUCUGCUGAGGCUGCGAGCUCUUCAGCAUGAUGCAUAUUAAGGAAGAAUUAACCCUUGGCAUUUUUGAAAAGAUGAGAGCUGAAGACAGAAGUUGCCCUGAGCCGCAUUUCUCAGAUGAUGUACCCAGGUCAGGUUUUUCCCAUUCAAGUGACUUAGUUACAGUGUCAAACCAUCAUAUCAUGGGGGACUCUUUCCCUGAUGAUACAUCUGUUACAGAAUGUAAGCAAGAAGAAAACAUUGAUGUCCAAAUAAAAGAAGAUGUAAGUGACCUAACUUGGUCAUGCAGUCUGUGCUGUAAAUGCUUCUCACAAAAAAGUGACUUGGAGAUGCAUAUGAAGGAGUGUCCAGAUCAACGACCAUUUUCUUCAGGACUAAAUAGAAAUUCUGAUGACUCAAGUAGUUUCCAAUAUCAGUUGAAUAUGUGCAUAGAUACUCCAAAUUUUUCCAGUGAUUUUACUGAAAAAAACUCGAAGAAACCCUUUCCUUGUGAAUAUUGUGGCAAAUGCUUUGCUAAAAAGUCAAAUUUGAAAAUACAUAAACGACAGCACACGGGGGAACUCCCAUAUGCUUGCGAAAUCUGUAAGAAGCGAUUCAUCCAAAAAGCAAAACUUAGAAUACACAUGAGAAAGCACACAGGUGAACGCCCAUUUUUCUGUGAAUUCUGCGGGAAGUGUUUUAGUACGAGAGAAUCCUUGAAAGAGCAUGUAAGAUUACACACAGGGGAACGCCCAUUUGUGUGUAAAGUAUGUGAGAAGACUUUUGUUACUAGAGCAAACCUUAAGCAGCACAAUAGGACUCAUACGGGUGAGAAGCCAUUCACAUGCCCUGUUUGCAAUAAGUCUUUCAGUCACAAUGGAACACUAAAAGUGCACAUUCAACAGCACUCAGAUGAACGUCCAUUUGCAUGUAAAAUGUGUGAUAAGAGUUUUAAAAAUAAAGGAACCCUGAAGGUGCAUACCAGGUUACACACUGGUGAGCGUCCGUAUUUAUGCGAAGUUUGUGGUAAGGAUUUUGUUGAAAGUAACAAUCUAAGAAAACAUAUGGUUGCUCACAGAGAAGAGCGUUCCUUUUUCUGUGAAGCAUGUGGUAAAGGUUUUAAACAUAAAGCAGCACUCAAGGUCCAUAUGAAAUUGCACGCUGGCGACCGACCCUAUUUUUGUGAUGUUUGCGGUAAAGAUUUUGUCAACAUAAAGGAACAUAGGAAAAUUCACAAUGGUGAUCGGCCAUAUUUAUGUGAGUUUUGUGAAAAGGAUUUUGUUAGGAAAGACAAACUUCAGCAACAUAUAAGAACGCACUUGACUGACCGGCCAUUCCCGUGUGAAGUUUGUGAAAAGCGUUUCACUCUAAAGAAAACCCUUAAGGUCCACAUGCAGUUGCAUUCUGGUGCAUGUCCAUUUACUUGUGAAAUUUGCGGUAAGAGUUUCAUUGUGAAGAGCAGACUGAAGAGCCAUAUGCUUAUACAUUCAGAUCAGCCCCCUGUUUCUUGUAAGAUAUGUCAUAAACACUUUUCCUCAAAGGGAAAUCUAAAUAAGCAUAUGAAAUGCCUCCAUGAUGACCAGGUGAUUAGAUCAUCUAUUUUUGUAGAUGUACUGAAAGUGGAAAGUGAAGAUAUUCCUAUAAAACAAGAAGUACUAGAUGACAGUUUUAGUUCAAAUGAAUUGGGAUUAAAUUUUUCACCCUAAGCUUGUAAGAUAAUGUAAUUAUUUUUUUAAACUGAAUUACUAUACUCAUAAUGGGAAUGGUUAUAGUGCUUGUUAAGUACAGAAAUAUGUGCUGUAUAUAUAAAUGAAAGGAAAGUUA